AUGGUCGAUGUGGAUGACUUCAAUCUCGAGGCCUCAACCGCAUGCCGUUUUGAUUCGCUCUCGAUCUAUGAUGGGUCAGACACAUCAGCUGACCUGAUCGGGGUAUACUGCGGUACAGAAGGCCCUGGUAUUGUUACAAGCACUGGAAGCAGCUUGUUCUUGAGAAUGGAAUCUGACAUCACAGGAACACGAAGCGGCUUCCACGCUAAAUAUAUCUCACAAGGGGAAACAGGUGGCUGUGGAACCAAUUUCACCUCGCAUGCUGGGUUUAUAUCCUCACCAAACUACCCUGAAAAAUAUGACAACAACGCGGACUGUACUUUCAGCAUUACAGGAGAGGCUGACAAGAACGUCACUGUUGCCUUCGAUCAUUUCGACGUCGAGCAGCAUACGGAUUGUGACUACGACUCACUGAAGAUAUAUGAUGGCGAUACGGAUGAGGGCUCUCCUCUGGCUACCCUGUGCGGUAUAGACAUGCCUAAUCCGGUCAGUUCAACAAUAGGUUCUGGGCUCUUCUUCCGAUUCAAGUCUGAUGCUAGUGUCACUCGCACGGGCUUCAGCGCUUUUUUCCGCGUUCAAUAA